UAAAAUUUGACGUUAUCUUUUAUUUCUUGACUCAACUGAACUUUUUCAAUGGUUGAUUCCUUGUCUACAGCUUCUGAGAUCAUCAAGAUAACUGAAGACGGUCAAGUCACUAAAAGAAUAAUAAAAGAAGGCGUUGGUCUUCAAACAACAGAUAACAGUACAGUUAGUGUUCAUUAUGACGGAUAUAUAUAUGAAACGGGCACGCUGUUCGACUCUUCGUACCAAAGAAAUACCGAAUUCACUUUCACUUUGAAUUCAGGGAAAGUGAUAAAGGCAUGGGAAUUGGCUAUACCUACAAUGAAAGUAGGAGAAAAAGCAGAGAUUAUUUGUACAAGUGACUUUGGCUAUGGAGAUAAAGGUAGACAAUAUAUCGUGCCUAAAAAAGCAAAAUUACGCUUUGAGGUGGAACUAUUAGGGUUCUGGGAAUCGGCUAAAUCAGCGACAGAACGCAUAGCAUCAGCUGAGAAAAAGAAAAUGGAAGGAAACGAGUUAUUUAAGAAGCAAGCUUUAGACGAAGCAUUGUUUGCUUAUCGAAAGGGUAGAGAUUUUAUCAAAGAUUUAUGGAACUGCGAAGCUCAUGACUUGGAACAAGCACGGCAUUUAAUGGUCGCCUUACAUUUGAACAUCGGCGCUUGUUAUCUGAAAAUGAAAAAUUACGAGCAUGCUAUCGAAGUUUGUAAAAAGGCUUUGGAUCGUGAUCCCUCUAACUUAAAAGCGCAUUACAGAAUAGCACAGGCAUACCUCGAAUUGGGCGAGUUUGAUAACGGCAUUGAAUUCAUAAGGGCAGGCUUACAGGUAAUUGAAGUAGACGGUUGAAAUAUCAAUGAAGAGAAAGAAUCUUAUUAAAUAUUAUACGGUGGUAAUAGUAUAAACCAAUGGACACUGAUAUGAAAGCAAUGCUAGCAACUUUAGAAAAAAGAAAGGAGCAAUAUCUCGCUGAAAGCAAGAAAUUAUAUAGAAAGAUGUGUAGCAACUAGUAUAAAAAAUAAUACACGCUUAAUUUUACUCUCAGUAUACUUCAUACAACAUAAUACGUUUUCGAUAUAUGCACUGUAAAUAGAAACAUCGAUUACUCAACCA